AAGAAUUCGCAGACAUGAGAUCACAAUAUUGAAUGGUGGCUUCAUGAAAUUCUCUUUCAAGAUGGGAUGGAUAAGUGUGAGGAUGAGCGUUGACCUGGGUCAUCAAAUCGAGACGGGAUCUCUCUGUCCCCUAUUUCCAUGUCCUUUUAGAGCAUUUUCACACUUUGUUUUUUUUCUUUUUAUGUCAAAAGGUAAGAGGAGACAAUGAUUGGUACUAUUCAUAUAAAUAAUGUCUAUCGUAGUAAUUUUUUUUUGUUAGUUUUCUAUGAGAUAAAAGAGGGAGGAAUUUGUAUAGAAUUUUGAUAUGGGAAAUGAAAUCUUGGCCUCACCACAGGAUACCACACAAUACAAACAAACACUAAACUAUCACUGAUAAGUUCCUCCCAUACAGAGAAAAACAGAGAGAAACAGAGAAUUUCAUGGUGGAGAUGGAGGGCAUAGAGCACAGAACAGUCCAAGUCAAUGGUAUAAACAUGCACAUAGCCGAGAAAGGCCAGGGCCCACUCAUCCUCUUCGUCCACGGCUUCCCCGAGCUCUGGUACUCCUGGCGCCACCAGAUCACAGCCCUCGCCUCCCUCGGCUACAGAGCCGUCGCGCCGGACCUCCGAGGCUUCGGCGACACCGACGCCCCCGAUUCCCCCACGAGCUACACCUGUCUCCACGUGGUCGGAGACCUCAUCGCCCUCCUGGACGCCAUAGCCCCCGACCAGGACAAGGUGUUCGUGGUGGGCCACGACUGGGGCGCUUACUUAGCUUGGUUCCUCUGCCUGUUCCGGCCCGACCGGGUCAAAGCCUUGGUCAACCUGAGCGUAGCUUUCAUGCCUAGAAACCCUCAGAGGAAGUUCAUUGAAUCUGUGAAAGCUGUUUAUGGGGAUGACUAUUACAUGUGCAGAUUUCAGGAGCCAGGAGUGAUGGAAGCUGAGUUUGCCAAACUUGGUACUGCAAGAGUUAUGAAGGAAUUUCUAACAUAUCGCAAUCCUGGUCCACUUUUCCUGCCUAAAGAUAAAAUGUUUGGACAUGCCCCAGAUGCUCCAAUCGUGUUGCCGAGUUGGUUGUCUGAGGAUGAAGUCAACUACUAUGCCAGCAAAUUUGAGAAGACAGGAUUCACUGGGGCCUUAAACUACUACAGAAACUUGGACCUAAGUUGGGAGCUCACUGCAGCAUGGACCGAGGUUCAAGUGAAAGUUCCAGUUAAGUUCAUUGUGGGAGACCAGGACCUAGUUCAUAAUUCUCUUCACGCAAAGGACUUCAUACACAAAGGUGGGUUCAAGAAAUAUGUGCCACUUCUCGAAGAGGUAGUUGUAAUGGAAGGAGUCGCCCAUUUUAUCAACCAAGAAAAGCCUGAUGAAAUCAGCAAACACAUUCAUGACUUCAUCGUUAAAUUUCACUAAUUAGCUGUCUAUAUAUAUAUAUAUAUGUAUAUGUAUGUUGUAUGCUGCUGCUGUUUCAAACUCUCUGUUGUGCAUUCAUUAAUAAAGUGUUCUGUAUUUUGAGAUGGGAAUUCGUAUCCUGGAGAUUGCAGCAGCAGCCUCACAACUUCAUGUGUUGUAUCCUGUAUUUCGGAUUUGUGCUGGUAUUUCAUUUUCAACAUCUUUGGUGGAUUUUGGCCUAA